GAAGUCUUUCCCUCUCAUUUCAUACGCCUCCUCACCUCUGCACCUCAAACGGGCUAAAUUGGCGGAGGAAGCCUAUUCAGAGGGAAGGGACAGAAUCGAUUCCAGAUCUGUUUCCAUUGUCUCGAUUUGUCCUAGAAUUUCAGUUUCAGUAAGCUUGAUGUUGAAAUUUUGACAAAAAACAACACUGAUAAUUACUCGAUCCUUGAUCCUGUUUCAGGAGAUGAUGAUCAUUUUGAUCGGUUUUCGUGUGAAAUUGUUGAAAUUGCAUGCAUGAGGAAUAUAUUUGAUCUUACUUUCAUCGAAGGAAGUUCUGUUUGAUCGGUCUCUGAUUGAGAAAUAUCAGAUUGGGUAAUAUUUUAGCAGAAUUUAGGUUUCUUACCCAUUGAAUUUGGAUUCCCCUUUCCUCGACUCUGGAUCAUCAACAAUGGAUAAGGUGAGGACAAGGAGUCCAGUGUACGUUAGGCAGAAGAGCAUUUCUAACACGUCCGGAGGACCAACAUCUCCGAUGACGUCUCCCAUGCAUCGCCAUGCACGGUCAGGAUCAACAGGUGUGAAUUUCCGGAAGCCACAAAAUUAUGCAGCCAAAGCUGCAGCUCAGAGGCUUGCGCAGGUCAUGGCACAUCAACCAACGGAUGAUGAUGAUGAGGAUGAAGACCUUUCUUUGGAUUACAAUCCUACAGGGAGCAUUGGUCUUGCAUCUGGAAGGGCAAUGAGAUCUCCUUCUCCUGCGAAUUCUGCAGCCAGACCUACAUCUCAGAGGCAUUCACAUGUCACGCAACAUCAACACACGGAGUAUGACGAUGAUGACCAAUUUUUGGAAUAUAAGCCCACAGGGAGCAUUGGUCUUGCAUCUGGGAGGGCAUUGAGAUCUCGUUCUCCUGCGCUAGGUCGUAACUCUGUAGAAGAGACUUCGUCUUCUCGCUCUUCAUCAGCUAGCCGAUCAUCUGUUGCAGUUAACUCUGUAGAACAGCCUCCACCCGCUCACACUUCAUUGCCUGGCCGGUCAUCUCCUUCACCCAGCACUGUAGAGCCGUCUCCAUCAUCUCGCUUUUCAUCAGCUGGUCGAUCAUCUUUUGCAUUCAAUUCCAUAGAGCAACCUACAUCAGCUCGUGCUACUUCAGCUGGCCGAUCGUCUUUUGCAGCCAAUUCUGUAGAACAACCUAUAUCUGUCCGUUCUGCAUCAGCUGGUCGACCAUCUCAAGUAGUCAAGACGGUUCCCAUGGUGCCACCCAGUGUACCAAUAUCAUUAAGGCCACCUACUCCUGUGCCUCCAUCAGAUCCUUCCACUGAUCAUCGAAGGGAUAGAAGGUCCUCAUUAGAUUUGGGAAAUUUAAACGUGCGUGAAUCUGGAAAUCAGCGUUCUACCUCUGCCCUUCAAGACGAGCUUGAUAUGCUACAGGAAGAAAAUGAAAGUAUGCUUGAAAAGCUUCGACUUGCAGAGGACAGGUGUGAGGAAGCAGAAGCCAGAGCUACGCAGCUUGAGAAACAGGUUUCUUCUCUUGGAGAAGGUGCAUCUUUAGAGGCCAAUCUCUUGAGCAGGAAAGAGGCAGCCCUGCAGCAAAGGGAGGCUGCUUUGAAAUCUGUAGCACAAACUCAUGAUGGUCGAGAUGUAAAGAUUGCAACCCUUCGAUUAGAAGCAGAGACUGCCAAGGAUGAGGCAACAUCUGCUUUGGAGCAGCUCCAAGAGGCUGAGUUUGAAAUCAAAUCUCUUCGAAAAAUGACACAGAGAAUGAUACUGUCUCAGGAAGAGAUGGAAGAGGUGGUUCUUAAAAGGUGUUGGCUUGCUCGAUAUUGGAAUUUAUGUGUUCAACAUGAUAUUCAUCCAGAGAUUGCUGCAUCAAAGUAUGAGUAUUGGUCAUCCUUAGCGCCCCUUCCUCUUGAAGUUGUUUUAUCUGCUGGUCAGAAAGCUAAAGAGGAAAGCUCAGUAGAGGAAAGGGAUAACGUUUCACAUGACUUGAAUCAACUACCCGGGGAGGCAAAGAUUGAGAGCAUGCUUUUAGUUGAAAAAGGAAUGCGGGAGCUAGCUUCACUAAAGGUAGAGGAUGCUGUAGUGUUUGCAAUGGCUCAACAUCGACGAGUCUCAGCAGAUUUGAAGCUUACAGUGGAUGCUCAAAACCUUCUUGAAGCAUGUGAACUUAGCCAGGAGGAAUCUCAAGAUGUGGCUUUCAAACAGGCUUGGCUUAUGUAUUUCUGGAGGAGAGCCAAAAAUCAUGGGUUGGAACAGGACAUUGCAGAAGAGCGUUUGCAAUCUUGGAUCACCAGCAGUGCUAGGUCACCCACCCCACAUGAUGCAGUUGAUGUUGAGCGAGGUUUAAUGGAGCUAAGGAAGUUAGGUGUUGAAAACCAAUUAUGGGAGGAAUCUCGCAAAGCAGUCGAUUCAGAUUCCGACUAUUUCCAGGAAACCAGUUGAUUCCAGUCUGUGAUGGUUGCUUCAUAUAUAAGAUGAGUUUAAUUUUAUUUCC